AUGAACAAACCUCUUCCGUUUUUAUUGAGAUCAAUCCACUGUUCUUCUAACCCUAUAAAACAAGGAGGAAUCGGAGGAAUUUCGGAUGUUGAGGAUGUGCCUUCCAAAGUAUUGUUUAAGGAAAUCUCUUCUGAGUAUUGUUCGAGGCUGAG